AUGCAUCUGCUGGUAUUGCUGGUGACGUGGGCGUGUCUCGUAUGCCAAGUGUUCUGUGACAAUGUCUCGGACUUUUUGACAAAAAUACCAGACUGCGCUGGGAGCUGUCUUGUCGAGCUUGUAUCAACGUCGACUUGUGGCAUUGACGUACAAUGUCUUUGCGCCGACCCGAAACUCAAGACGCAGGUUUUGAGCUGUGUUCAAAAGAAAUGCCUCCCGAGAGACGCAUUAGUUGCCUGUGAUUUUCCAGUGCGAGACAGACACGCGCAAUUCGAUAUUUUAGCCAUAACAUUGAUUGCAAUCACGGCGAUUGUAGUUGGUCUUCGGCUUUGGCACAAGCUCCGAUACGAGAGGAAGUUCAGACUGGACGAUUACAUCAUCGUGGCGGUCUUUGUGAGUCGUAUACGCUCCACAUCAAAAGAGUGCUCUGCUAAUUCUGAUAGCUACUUGAUCUGGGAAACACCAUUGUUUGUGUUCAUGGCCUACCUCUACAUUGGACAAACCCUCUACGCUUCCGACGUCUUCCUGACCAAGAUUUGCGUCGCCCUCUUCUAUCUCCGAAUCUUCCCCGUCGUAUCCGUCCAACGUCUUAUAUGGGGUACCAUCGUUUUUUCGGUCCUAGGCAUGAUCAUCUUUGACAUCCUUGCUAUUGCACAAUGUCAGCCGAUCAGCUUCUACUGGACAGGAUGGGAUAAGUUACACGAGGGACAUUGUCUUGGAGUUCAGCCAUUAGCUUGGGCCAUCGCCGCCGUCGGUAUCAUCCUGGACGUUUGGAUGUUGGCCAUUCCCAUCUGGCAGCUGGUGCAAUUGCAGAUGAAGUGGCAAAGGAAGCUCGCUGUAGCUAUCAUGUUUACGGUCGGAACUUUUGUCACCAUCGUCAGUAUUCUUCGACUGCGGUACUUGGUUGCUUUCGGAAACUCUCAGAAUCCAACCUGGGACAGUUUCGAGACCUGUUACUGGUCCGUUAUUGAGAUCAACGUUGGUCUCUGGUGUGUCUGCCUUCCAGACCUCCGAAUGCUUAUCCUCAAGGCAUUCCCGAGACUUGGAAGUUCUAUUGAAUCAGGUCCUAGAAAUCCCCACCAAGGAUCAUCGGCACCCAGGCAGCAGGGUAGAACUCCAAAUUCCUCCCGUCAUACGGAGAGUACAAUUUACAAGGGGAAGCCAAUUCAGGCGCAACAAGAAGCUUCGUCGAGCACGGCUGAGCUGGUCGAGAUGACAACCUUCAUGAAUGAUAGUAGGAGUGUAGUUUAG